UGGAAAGACCCCAAGGAAGCGGAGAAUGUGAAUCUGGACAGUAACACGUCCCUGCCCGGGAGUCUCACCCAGCAAUCAUCCACCGAGCAAACCCGUACAGAGAUGUCCUGGGACGGAAUCAAUCUCUCCAUGGAAGAUACAACUUCCAUGCUCCCAUCAUUAAAGCGGAAUUCCAACCCUUAUGGCAUUGGGGCGCUUGCAAAGUCAUCACUGUCCGUGAGACUCCACACGGGUCUGUCCAAAACUGUGAAGGAUCACAUCACCAAACCCACAGCCAUGGCCUCUGGGCGAGUGGCCCACAUGAUUGAGUGGCAGGGAUGGAGUAAGCAGCCCCCACAGCCAAAUCUCAACGCAGAGACCCCCAUGGACGUGGACACAUACUCAGACCUGAGUGACGGAGAGAAGGAGGCUCGAUUUGCGGCAGGAGUAAUGAAGCAGUUUGCAAUAUCUGAAGCCACCCUCAUCGCCUGGUCCUCAGUGGACGGUGAGGAGAUGAGCAACAUCUCGAGUCCCGGACAGAGUGGCCAACUCAACGAGAACUUGGAGAGCAGCGACCAGACAGAUCCGUGCCUGCAGUUGUUCCAGGAGCCUUGGCCUCACCUCGUCACGCAGGGCAUGUAUUGCCUUAGCACCUCGGGGGUCUGGGAACACAGUCCCAGUGAUCAUUCCCUCCUCCGCUCCCCGGCCACCCUCUCGUCCUGCCUCCAGCCGCCCGAGGGCACCGACUGCCAGCUCGAGCUGCCCACUGAGCGGGCAGAGACUUCCUGCCCUCCUCCCCACCCUGACCUCCCCCACACGCUCGGCCGGACCCCCUCGCUGGGGCAAGAGAUGGAGGCAGCCUCCCCUCGCCAGGAGGUGGAGGUACCUCUGGGGAGGAAGGUCUCGGAUGCCCGGUCGAGUGGGGUCCAGUCCUUCGAGGAGGAGGAGGAGGAGGAG